UUAGCCUCCUGGUAAUCUCCAUCUCAGAUCGCAAUUUCUCCCUUUUCCGGUAUACCGAUCUGAGCUUAAGUUCGGCUGUGUUAUUAAAUUCGCCGUCGGAGGGAUAUGGCUGUUGUUGAAUCGCAUAGGGUUUUGGGUUGUUGUCGAUUUAGGUAAAUGGAUGUCGAGGGUUUGCUCAACUCUUCGCUCUCGUUCUCAUUGAAGCUGGUUUUAUAGAUCUCACAAAUUGCAAAGAUUGGAGAUUUUGGGGGAUUUGAAUAAAAGCAGCUACAUGUUAUCGGGUUCACUAUACGGGUAUGUUUAGGCUCGAGGGAGGCCCUGGAUCAUGCUAUCUCUGCGACUCAUUCGCAGAUUCUGCCAUUUUUCUUCCUCUGCAGCCACUGGUAUUGCAUAUGUUUCAACUGACUCCAAUCAGAUCCAGGGUUUGAAACCGCUUGAGGAGCCUGCCCUUGUCAAGCUUAAAUCUGAGCGAGAUCCCGAGAAGCUAUUCAAGCUUUUUCAAGCUAAUGCCACUAACCGUUUGGUGAUUGAAAAUCGAUUUGCUUUUGAAGACACGGUUUCUAGAUUAGCUGGGGCAGGUCGGCUUGAUUUCAUUGAGGAUCUGCUUGAGCAUCAGAAGACACUUCCACAAGGUAGACGCGAAGGUUUCAUUGUUAGGAUUAUAAUGCUGUAUGGCAAGGCUGGGAUGACGAAGCAAGCACUUGAUACUUUCUACAAUAUGGAUUUAUACGGUUGCAAAAGAUCUGUUAAGUCCUUCAAUGCCGCUCUUCAAGUCCUAUCUUUCAAACCUGAUCUCCACACCAUCCGGGAGUUCCUUCAUGACGCUCCUGCAAAGUAUCGCAUUGAUAUUGAUGCAGUUUCUUUUAACAUUGCCAUUAAAUCUUUCUGUGAGCUCGGUAUUCUUGACGGGGCGUAUAUGGCAAUGAGGGAGAUGGAGAAAUCAGGGUUAAAACCAGAUGUAGUCACAUAUACUACGCUUAUAUCGGCGUUUUACAAGCACGAGAGGUGUGUGAUUGGAAACGGAUUGUGGAACCUUAUGGUCCUCAAGGGCUGUAGGCCUAAUCUCACCACUUUUAAUGUUAGGAUUCAGUUUUUAGUCAAUAGGAGACGAGCUUGGGAUGCAAAUGAUCUGUUGCUGUUGAUGCCAAAACUCCAGGUGGAACCGGACAGCAUAACAUAUAACAUGGUUAUCAAAGGGUUUUUCCUUGCGAGGUUCCCUCACAUGGCGGAAAGGGUUUAUACAGCGAUGCAUGGUAAGGGGUACAAACCCAAUGUGAAGAUAUACCAGACGAUGAUUCACUAUUUGUGCAAGGCAGGAAAUUUUGAUUUGGCUUAUACAAUGUGCAAGGAUUGUAUGAGAAAGAAGUGGUACCCAAACUUGGACACAGUUGAGAUGUUGCUCAAAGGGCUUGUGAAAAAGGACCAGCUUGAUCAGGCUAAGUCGAUCAUGGGGUUAGUUCACAAACGAGUACCUCCUUUCAGGUCAAAACAGUUGCUCUCCCUUAAGUCCAUUUUGUAAUGUUUACACGACAAUGCGGCCAAAAGGAUUCUUUCUUUCUUUCUUUCUCCUGAGUUUCUUUUGUAUAGCUGUGGUGGAACUGGAAAUGGGAAGUAGCCCCAUAUUAGAAGGGCACAGUUAUCUUCUAAACAGAUUCAACUAUUUGUUGUUCCAUGUGAAUAAAGCUUAGGAUGAUUUGGGAACUUCAAUGGUGGAUACUCACUCGAGAGCAAAAUGGCAUACACAAAGUAGUGGUGACCAUGUUCUGAAGAAUCCGAUAGAAUCAUUGUCUGGUGAUGCAAGCAAUGAGCCCUGGAAAAGUCAGUUAUGUUUUAAAUGUUUUUUCAGGCCAAAUUAAAAGCAUUAAGCAUAAGCAAAGGCGAUAUCACCGUUGAUAGGUUUUCUUGAUAUAGCACGAAUGUAAACAACAGAGAACAGAAACAACAAGUAAUGAAUAUUUUUUUUAAUUUAUUUGUCGAAUAAAUACAUUUAAUUUGGUUGUCGAA